AUGGGAGUGCGCCAUCUUGGCCGAAAUUGUGUGCCGGCCUUUGAUAUUCUGACUGUUCCUAUGAAAGACACCUGAAAUGUCAAGAUUUUUUUCUGUGGUAAGCUCCGAAUCGGAGUCGGAGUCUGAAUCUAGUGGAGAUGAAGGAGGACAGGGAAUACAGCCGCGUGCUGCCCCACUCAGGACGUUUCAGUUCAGUGACGAUGAAGAUGACGUCAAGCGUGUUGUCCGGAGCGAGAAAGAUAAAAGGUAUGAUGAACUUAAAGACAUCAUCAAAAAGAUGAAGAACUUCAAGAGGAUCAAAGACAUGUCCAACCUGUUGUCGGACUUUGAGAAUCUUACCAGAGCUUACGAAAAAGCCAAAAAAGUCGUUGAAAAAGAGGGCAUGCCUCGCUUCUACCUGAGGUGCCUUGUCGAGUUGGAGGACUUUGUUGUCGAGUGUUGGGAGGACCGAGAGGGACGCAAGUCAAUGAGUAAGAAUAACUCAAAAGGUCUGACGAAUCUGCGACAGAAGUUAAAGAAGUAUCUGAGGAACUUUGAGGCAGAGGUCAAAGGUUAUCGUGAGAACCCUGAUCAAGAAGAGGAAGAGAAGUCUGAUGCUUCUGAUGAUGACAUGUCUGACAGUGAUUCAGAUGAUGGAAGUGACGAUAUGUUGUACGUCAAGAAGCAGGAACCGGCGUCAACGAGGAAACCCAAGUUCCUGCGCGGGGAGUCUGACUCUGAGGGAGAUUAUGACUCGUGGGAAGAGGACCAAGGUGGUGAGGAGUCAUCGACAGAUGAGGAGGAACAUCUGCCCAAGUUCUUGAAAGACCUCGAGGAUCAGUCUAAAGAGAAAUCGGAUGUUGGUAAGAAACGAAAGAAGAAGGAGGAGAGACGGAGAAGGGAGGCUGAAGAGGAGGAUGGUGAAGGUGAAUGGGAGGAGGUCAAAGGUGGCGUUCCCAUGCCAAUGGCAGAGAAACCCAAGAUGUUUCCCAAGGAUGCUGACAUCACACAUGAAGCUGUCAUCAAGAAACUAUUUGAGGUGAUUGCAGCACGUGGAAAGAAGGGCACUGAUCGUACAGAGCAGAUUGAACUUCUGAUUGAGUUGGAGGGAAUCUCUCAGGCACAUAACCUGGGCCCUGCAAUCAGUUGUAAGGUGCUCUUCCAUAUCAUUGCCGCCAUCUUUGACUACAAUCCAAAUAUCGCCACUUGUAUGAAACCAGAGCUCUGGAAUAGGUGCCUUGAAUACUUGACGUUGACAUUGGCCAAGCUCGAGGAGAACCGUGACAUCACCAUUGGCGAAAACAUCACCGACGAUAGUGAGCAGCUGGAAGAGUCCCCGUAUCGUGUGCGAGGCUGUAUCCUGACAAUGCUGGAGAGGAUGGAUGAGGAGUACAUCAAGAUGUUACAAGCCUGUGAUGCUCAUAGCACAGACUAUGUGGAGAGGUUGAAGGACGAGCAGGGUGUGUGUGAUGUGAUCAAGCGGGUGCAGGCUUACAUUGAGAAGGGCGGUCAUUCAAAUGAAAUAUGUCGUAUCUACCAGAGACGAGUAGAACAUGUAUAUUACAAGUUCGACCAUGUGAAUGCGAUGAUGAAGAAAAACAAGGAGCUGAAUGAGGCUGUGAAGAUCCCUGAGAAUUACGAGGACAGUGCCAAGGUGAUGGAGAAGCUGUGCAAGUAUAUCUACACCCACGAUACCACCGACCGCAUCCGCACACGGGCCAUCCUGUGUCAUAUAUACCACCACGCGCUCCAUGACCGCUGGUUCGAGGCGAGGGAUCUCAUGUUGAUGUCUCAUCUUCAGGAUACCAUUCAUCACUCGGAUGUGCCAACUCAGAUCAUGUACAACAGAGCGAUGGUCCAGCUUGGCCUAUGUGCCUUCAGACAAGGCAUGAUCAAGGAUGCUCACAAUGCUCUCGUGGACAUCCAGUCUGGUGGUCGCGCCAAGGAGCUGCUUGCACAGGGCCUACUCCUCCAGAGACAACACGAACGCACACCGGAGCAAGAGAAGAUUGAGAAGCGGCGUCAGAUGCCGUAUCAUAUGCAUAUAAACCUGGAGCUGUUGGAGUGUGUUUAUCUAGUGUCAGCUAUGUUGAUGGAGAUUCCAUACAUGGCAGCCCAUGAACUUGAUUCUCGACGUCGUAUGAUCAGCAAGAAUUUCCACCACGUCUUGCGCCUAAGUGAGCGCCAGCCUUUAGUUGGUCCACCGGAGAGCAUGCGGGAGCAUGUGGUCGCUGCUUCCAAGUCCAUGAAGACUGGUGAUUGGCGGGCAUGUAAGAACUACAUCAUCAAUGAGAAGAUGAACGCCAAGGUGUGGGAUCUGUUUUUCCAAGCAACGCGUGUGCGUGACAUGAUCACACAGAAGAUCCAGGAGGAGAGUCUCCGCACCUACCUGUUCACAUACAGCAGCGUGUACGACUCGAUCAGCUUGCUGACUCUGGCCGAAAUGUUUGAGUUGGAGAAGGGGACAGUCCAUUCCAUUAUUAGUAAGAUGAUCAUCAAUGAGGAACUCAUGGCUUCCCUAGACCAGCCAACCCAGUCUGUUGUCAUGCACCGUACUGAGCCAACUCGUCUACAGGCCCUCGCCUUACAGCUAUCAGAGAAGGUGUCCUCGCUUGUCGAAAACAAUGAACGCAUUGUUGAGAUGAAGCAGGGCAACUUCUUCUACCAGAAGCAAGGCGGCAAAGACUUUAACUACCAAAACAAGGGCGGCUACGACCGCAACAAGGGUGGCAACUAUGAUAGGAAUAAGGAAGGAGGUUACCGCGGAGGAAGAGGAGGUUACCGCGGAAACCGUGGUGGUGGCGGAGGUUACCGUGGCGACCGAGAUGGUGGGGGUUACCGUGGUAACAAAGAGGGUGGAUAUCAAGGCAGAAGAGAUAAUAAUCAAGGCCGAAAUCAGUAUAACCGCGAUCAGGGUUGGGCGAAUAAGUCUUACGAAGGUCGGAAUCAAUAUAACCGCGAUAAUCAAGGCAGUUGGGGAAAUAGAUCAUAUGAAGGAAGCAAUCGUGGCGGCGGACGCCAGCAGAGGAAUUAUUAGUUUUUCGCAGUCUUCACGUUUUAUUGGUGUCGGAAUAUCAAAAGGUUUCAUCGGAACAGUCAGAAAUUGGUCACUGAGGAUAUAGUCAGUUCUGUGGGAGGAUAAUUUAUAUUUAUCGUCAUCAUGUUCACUUGCUUGAUCAGCAAGAAGAUGGACAUGUCAAGAUGUGCUACAUCACUUACUCUCCGCACAUGGAUUUUAAUGGACUUGCUGGCAUUUGCUUAUCUUAAAUCAUGGCUACGAGACAUACUUACAGCCGAUCAAAGAGCUCUGUCUAUUGAUGUACAAGAGUGUUGUAGUCUGUUUCUGUGUCAUGUGCUAAUGAGAUCCUGCUGUAAUUCUACAAAAACUCUGAAUUGCAGUUAUAAAAGAUCAACUCCUGCAUGUUCAGUACAAUUUGUACUAAGUAGGUGGAAGUCACAGCAUCUGCUCUUGGGUCAUUGGUGUAAUAAUGAAAUUAAAAUAUGGUUAAAUAGAA